AUGGCACCCUCUAUUGCCCAGAUUUCCACUGCAGAAGUGGUCGUUCCUGUGAAGGUCGCUCCUGAAACAACCGACACCAAACCUAGAGUCCGACGGAUCAUUGACGAGGAAGGAGGAAAGACUACUGCUAGUUAUCCACACUACCUACCUGUAUAUGACCACGACGAGAAAUACCCACCUCUUGAACCUUUUACCCACGUUGACCACGGGAAAGAUGCCGACCCAUCCUUCAAGGACCUCCUCACUGAAGGCUCGAAAAUCCAAAAGUUGACGCCAACAAUCGGUUCUGAGGUUACAGGCAUUCAGCUGAGCAAACUCACACCUGCUGGAAAGGACCAGCUCGCUCUACUUGUCGCCCAACGCAAGGUUGUCGCCUUCAGGGACCAAGACUUCGCAGAUCUCCCAAUCCAAGAUGCUCUCGAUUUUGGAGGUUAUUUUGGCCGUCACCAUAUCCACCCAACUAGCGGGGCUCCGGAGGGGUAUCCCGAGAUCCAUCUCGUCCACCGAAGCAACAAUGCGUGGGAAUAUGAUGAAUUCCUCGCUACUAGAAACAGUAGUGUCGCAUGGCAUUCUGAUGUCACAUAUGAGCAGCAACCACCCGGUACCACGUUCUUGUAUAUCCUUGAUGGCCCUGAAGUCGGCGGUGACACUGCUUUCGUCGACCAAGUGGAGGCCUAUAACCGGCUUUCGCCGGCGCUUAAGGAGCGUCUGCAUGGCUUGAAAGCUGUGCAUUCUGGAGUUGAGCAGGUUGAAUAUAGCGUCAAGCGUGGGGGGGUUGUUAGACGGGAGCCAGUGAAGACGGAGCAUCCUCUUGUUCGAACUCAUCCGGUGACUGGUGAGAAAGCACUUUUCGUUAAUGGUGGCUUCACUCGCAGUAUUGUUGGCCUCAAAAAGGAGGAGAGUGAUGCCCUUCUAGGCUUCCUUCUGGCUCAUGUGGGUCGUGGUAUUGAUUUCCAGACUCGAAUUCGAUGGGCCCCAAAGACCGUGGUUGUUUGGGAUAACCGCGUCACAGCUCAUUCUGUGAUUAUCGACUGGACUACGGGUGAACGUCGACACUUGGCCCGCAUUACCCCACAGGCCGAACGUCCUUAUGAGACACCUUAUGUUCCGGAGGGGGAAAGUAAGGCUUGA